GUGGAUAAAUGAAAGCGAGAGGGCGGAAAAGAAAUGGAGAAGAAAAAGAAAAGCAAUAGUAUAUUAAAGCGAGGAGGCGGAUUAAGAUCUCCGCGGAGCCUCUCUGUCUUCUCCUCAGCAAGGAGAAGCACACCGAUCCCUUUCGUCCUCAAUUUGCCUAUCCAGAUUUCACCAGUUCAUUUGAUUAGAUCUGUUCUCCUCUGCCGAAUGUGUUUGGAAUUCGGAUUCUGCAUCUCUUAGUCUCCGGUUUCGAUCGUAGCAGUGUGUUUCGAUCUUAGAGGAGAGAGGCUUGGCAAGAGCUCGAGGUUUGGCUUGUGGGAGAGCGUAGAGUCGGCAUAAUUCUCCUGUUUCUUCAUGAACUUCCUACUAUAAAUUGGGGAGUGGAAAAAAGAUUGAUGGAGCUCCAAGGGAAGAAAGUAACGCAUGAUUUCCUCUCGAUUUGCUCCUCCGAUUCGUCUUUCCAGCUCCCAGAUCCUAGGCCCUCCUCCCAAGGUUUCUUUUUGAAGACGCGAGACUUCCUGCGGCCGCUUGAGGAGGAAGGCUGUGGCUGUGACGUGCCUGAUGUUCCCGCGGCCAUCACCGGCUUGAGGCAGUCGGAGCGCAUGCUCCCUGGCGGCGUGCGCACGCACACCGUCAACCACGUGGCGGAUACCGCUGCGACCCUGAAGGCGUCCGGCUCGGCGCGAGGUUUCCCGAUCGUGUUCGAGGCUAAGCCCGAACCCGAUUAUGGCAGUCGGAGCACCACCACCAGCUACGGCUCCUUCGCCGGCGGCGCCUCCUACACCCUGCCGGAUGAGAAAGACCCUGUUUCAAGAGGGAAGUGGCCGUCCCAUUUCACUACGGCCCAUGGCAGCUCUGGACGUAUCUCUGCAGCUGGUACCAACGAUGACAUAGCCACCUCCGGAAGAAACGACCUAGCUUCGGAGAGAAAGCAAUUGAUGGAAGUAGCUACUUCUAUACCCAUCCGGGGCUACAAUAAGUUGAACGAUGACGAGUUUGGGAAGCGGGAAGGUUCUUCCUCUCAUAAAGUUGUAGAUUUGACUGUCAAAUUAGAGGCAAAUGCCACCUGCCAUGAUCAAAGGCCAAACACCCCACGGUCAAAGCAUUCUGCCACUGAACAAAGAAGGAGAAGCAGAAUCAAUGACAGAUUUCAGAUACUCCGAGGGGUCAUACCUCACAGCGAUCAGAAGAGAGAUAAAGCAUCAUUUCUUCUAGAGGUCAUUGAAUAUAUACGUUUUUUGCAAGAGAAGGUGCAGAAAUAUGAGUUGUCAUACCCAGAAUGCAGUCAAGAUGAUGUGAAGUUAAUGCCUGGGAAAUUAUCUUUACAACAGAACAGCAAUCAAGCUCCUGCGAAUGUUUUAUUGGUCUCUCAUGUUGUGAACAAUGAUUCUGCUGCUCCCGCACAUGUAGUUUCCGAGAAAACCAAUGAAAUUAAAAUUGCUGGUGCACGUCCUACUCUGAUAUCAAGCACUCAUAAUCCGUUAAAAACAUGUGUGGUUUCUGGUGGCAUCUCUUACAAGACAAUACAAACUACCACCAAUCCUGUGAACAAUCUGGCCUGCACUCACAAUUUGUUGCAGACGAAGUUGUUCCCUCUAGAAAGAGAAACCAAUACUACUCAAUCCCAGUCGCAGCCCUUUGAAGCCUAUAACUCCACAUCUCAAGAUCAAUGUGGAUGGUCGGAAUCGUGCAGCCUUGCUGAUGGUGCUGUGAUCAAUCAGAGCCUGAAUGAAAAAGAGGAACUGUUAAUUGAUGAGGGCACAAUUAAUGUGUCUACUGCCUAUUCCCAUGAGUUGUUGAAUACAUUGACUAAGGCAUUGAAAAGUUCGGGCAUAGAUCUAUCACAAGCAAAUAUAGCUGUGCAAAUUAAUCUUGGCAAGCGAGCAGUUGAGAGAAGGUCUGGUGCUGCAUCCACAUCUUGUACUACCAAUAAGGACAUGGAAGAUCUUGUUUCUGGUAAGCAAGCAAAGGGGUACAAUAGGGCGAGGCUGAUGGCUGAAUUGCCAUCAGAAGCUUCAAAGAGACAAAAAACUCAUGGUUAGUUGGGCAUUGCGCUCCUGGCUUCGUCGUAUCAAUGUAUAUUCUGUACGGCCUUUUGAGGCUGCCCGAGGUGGUUGGAAACUCUUAUCCAUUCUUUUAUUUGUCAUGUACUUGCACAGAGGCUUCCACUACAAAUUGUGAAGCUGCUUUAUUUAUAGGCUUCCAUACACAAAGCGAAGUCUCUUUUGCCUCUUUGUUUUCGAUUAAAUGAUUCUUGUAAUUAACAAUAUGAUGUCCAAUUGGUGACACUGUAUCUAAUGGGUUAUCAAUUCUAUUACGCAGUUAUCUUAA